AUGCGCCUUCACCUAGUCAUAUCGCGGCACGGCUUACCGGUCACGCGCAUUCUGUGGACCACCUCCUCCUCCUCUGCGGAAUAUGGAGUCCAUGGCGCUGCAUCGGCGGCCGCGAUAGCUUCGACUCGCGCACCGAACAUUGCCUUUGCGAACGGUGGAUACACAGUCGCACAAUUACUAGAAGAUGUGAAUGAGGUCGUGCCGCUGGAGACGGAACCCAGUAUGUUCGACCCGGAGUUCGGUGGUCAGUGGGGAUUGGAGGAUUACGUGGUUGAGGUGGGCGGAUCAGAGUGUCUUCACUUCAUGGAGGUCGAUGGAUUGCUUCGCGAGGGAGAUGAGGUUGUUAUUCGAGCUCUUCAAUUAUCAGAUCUCCGGGCACGCCGACUGUGCGGUCGACAUCAGAUUACGGCUGAGGGCAAGCAUCUCAUUGAUGGCGUUGCAUUCGGGUCUCCGUUCCUGAAGCGCGGUACUUCCUCUCGACCUGCGAUUACUAUUCCUCCUAGAAAGAAGCGUCGCACUGCUUUCUCCUCUGGCUGGGACUUUGGGCCUGAUUCUACACUCCACUAUGAGGGUGCCCACGAUAAUUCCAAUGCCGAUGAAGAGGGUGACGGGGAGUGGCUGCCACCGGGCGACACUGGCUUUGGAAAGGAGCUCUCCAUUAUACCGGCGGAUCAUGAAGUAUCCGACAUGGGGACUGUCAUCAGGCAUCACGUCGAUCAUUCAGAUGGUUCAGACAGCGAAAUAGACGCCUCUGACCUUGAUCCUGAAGAGGACGAUCUGGAUACUGAGCUCAAGGCUUUGAAGGCGGAUUUCGAGGAGCCCGAGUCCCAAUUUAUUGACAUCAGAAAACAGGCGCAAGUGCCUACUGGCCCUGCAUUGCGCUCUAGUCUGAUUGCCAAGAGGCCCUCGUCUGCGGACAAGAGACCAAACUCCUCGGAAUCAAUAGUGGGAGCCUCGUCUCUUUCCAGCAAGCGGUCUCGCGGGGAUGACUCUUCUCCAAAAGUCUCAAAGGCUGUGAGAUUCAAUGGAGGCCAAUACGCACCUGAAGCUUUGGGAUCUCAACCCCUGCAGCCUGACGAAGAUUUUGCUGAAACCUCCGACUCCGAGUCAGACUCCCCGUCCUCGAGUGACUCCAGCGACUCGAGCGACUCUUCAUCUGAGGAAGAAGACUCAUCUGAUGAAGAUGUGCCGACAGUCAACGGAGCAGCCAUCAAACCAGCCACCAGAGCGGAACGCUCCCCGUCCAGCUCUGAAGACGAUUCCAGCUCCGACUCCAGUUCCGAUUCGAGCUCCGAAGACGAAGAAGCUUCCCCACCCCCAGCUAAAUCGAACCACGUUCCCAUUGUGAACCCUCCUGGCCGUGGCUCUGUGCGGACCAAAAAGAGCAACCAUCGCUACAAGCUCCGCCGCCGUCUUUCUAAGCUGAAGGAAAUCGGCCUGCUGCCUGCUGAAGCAGAUUUCGCCGCCUUGCAUGAAUGGGAGGAGGCAAAUGGAGGCUGGCACUUCCCCGAUGAGUCCAGUGUCAUGUCAACAACAACGACCAAGGCACAAAAGCAGGACCAAGAGCAGCUGGAUUUUGAGGCAAGGCGGCAGAAACUACUCCGGGAUCUCGCUUCUGGUGGCGUUGAUGUGGAUGAGACUUCUGAAAAGGAAAAUGUCCCACCUAAUAAAUCAGUCGCCGCAGAAGAGGCUGUGCCUGAUGAAGCUGAUGAAGCUGACGAACCCCCUGAGGUGGAGCCUUCAACUCGACGCAAACUUGACAUCGCCAGUUCCAAGCGAUUGCUCUUCGGAUCCUUGGGAGUGCGCACUCCUAAAAACAAGGAAGAGGAAGAGGCGAUGCGACGAAAACUAGCUGCUCAAGCUAGCACUGUCCAUUCCCGACGUCAAACCGCAGAGAAGCAACCCGUUGAAGAAGAGGAGAGUGACUCAGAUGUAGACUGGGAAAACAAGCUGGUCAUCAAAGCUACCGAGUGUAUUUACGAUGAUAUCGAGCUGAGUUCACCACCAUUCCCCUUCGAGAACCGCUGGGACGCAGAUGCGGAUGCGAUCAUUAGACAGCGGAAUGGCUGGGGAAAGAAGCGAAAGAGAAAGCAGAGAAUCCAGGUUUACCAGGAAAAUGAAGACCAGGAAGAGUAUGAAGAACCGAACUAUGAAUGGCCCGCCUACGAGGAGGGUAUGGAACUCAACUAUGACGAGGAAGAGCUUGCAUUCGCUGAGAACAAAAUCACUGGUCCUUCCGACGACUUUCCCACACUUCCUGCGGAUCCGAGUUCUGUUCCAGAUUUGGUCGAAUCCGAAACAAAGGUCGGAGCAAUCAUCGCAUUCCGACAGCUGGACAUGUCCAAAGCGACAAACUGGCAGCCCCGAAUGUCCGAAUACCGAGUUGCCGAAGUUCACGAUGUCUUGGAUAAUGGGAUGAUCAAUGUGCGACUAGCGGUGCGCGACCGACGACCAAAGGCAGAGCCAGUUGACCCGGAGGACGACGGGCCCCGAGUAUACGACAAAUUCGAAAUGCCAGGAUUCGAGGACGACGAGGAAGAAGAUGAUGGCUAUCGCGAACUUGCAUUUGCAGAACUCAGCGAUUCAAAGCUUCUGCGGCCGGCGCCAGCAGUCAUUGACGGCGAUGGCGUGGACAAAGACGCGCAAGAAGGUAGCUUUGUCUCUGUAGUCGAGGACUCCAUGCCGAAUGCCCAGAUUCUCGCUAUCGAUCCGGCGGAUAUGGAUCUCGAUGAAACCACGUUCGUCACCCUCGUGACCGCAGCUAGUCAGAUUGGUUCGCCAGCGAGAUCGGAUGUGCCAUCUGUUCAGAUACCCGGUAGCGUGCGGCUUCCACAAACGCAAGGCCAUGAUGCAGACGAUGAAAACAGUGACACCCAUGCCGUGCCCUCUCCUUCGUUCUCUGGGUUCCAUUCGGCGUUCUCGUCUCCUGGAGCCAGGCUAGGCGGCCGUUUCGACGGCCUGAUUGAAGAAACGAAUCUUGAUGGCCACACUCUGAUUGAAGAACCGUCCGCUUUCACUCUGAUCGAGGAACCAUCCGCUCUGGAUAAUUCCAACCAGGACCACUUAGCCCUGUCCUUCUUAUCUGUCAACCAAUUCGUCUCCGAUCAACCGUCUGAAAGCCAACAUCAAGAUCGCCAAGUCGUUGACGAGUCGCUUCUGGCUGCGAAUGGAUCUGGCGGCAAUGACUCGCUGCUGUCUGUAGUGCCUCCCCAAGAAAACAGCCUCUCCGGAAAGUCGAGGCCCGCUCGCAGCCCCAUUACACGGAGCCCGAGCGGACAAAAAGCAAACACACCCAAGGGCACGGCCUCCUGGGAGAAACUUCUGGACAUGCUGAGAACAGGAAACCCAGAGCUGGACAACACGGAUCAAGAUAAGGAUGACGAAAUGAACGAGGACAACGAAGACAACGACAGCCUGGUCCAUAGCGAGCAGAGUCUCCGUCUAUCACAGCCAUCUCCUCCAUCCAGCUCGCGCUCUUCACGCAAGCCGCCUACUAGUGCCCAGCGACCGCAGUCCCCAAAAUCCAACCCAGAGCCAUCUGAAACACCGGCGGGUUCUACGCGCUCCAAGAAACCCGUUGCUUCUCCCCCGCCCAAUGGCUCACAACUAUCAGAAAUUAUUGAUCUGACGUCCAGUCCAUCGGCAGGACCCAGCCAGCCGAGCCGAAUUGCAAGGAGCGACAAUUCUGACCGGGUAUCCAACGCAGACACUCGUCUGUCGACGGACACGAUGCAGCGCGUGGAAGUGAGCAUCAGUCCGGCGACGAGCAAGGCCAGCAAGAAGAGCAAGAAGCGAUCGUCGCGAAAGUUCUAA